AAUGCCAAAUUCUUGGUCAUAAUUCAAUGAACAACUGGUAUUAUAGUGGCUAGGUUGGAAUUUAGUCGUUUAUAUAUCACUCCUACUCAUCAAUACGAACAUACCACCCGGAAUUUUCCUUCUGUAUUUGUGCCCAAAUUUUUUCAACGCUUAGCAAUUAGCAAACCAAUGGCAAGCAGCGCCGUCACACGGUGGUGGCUCAGCCUAAUAUCAUGGGUGGUGGUGGUGUUAUCCAUAUCAAAACAAGCCACGGCGCAGCCACAGAUCAAUCUGCUGAAUAGGGGGUGCAGCCAGUACAACGCAACCAAUAUAAGGAACUUUUUCGACAACCUUAACGCCACCUUUUCCGACCUGCGAAAUCAGCUGUCCAAUGAAAGCAAACUGUUCGCCACUGCGCAGCAGUCAAGAUCUUCGGAUCCAGUCUAUGCCAUGGUUCAGUGUAGAAAUUAUCUUUCGAAUUCUGAUUGUUUGGCUUGCUACGAUGCAGCUGUUGCUCAGAUCAGGAAUUGCUCAGCAGCAAAUGGAGCUCGUGUCAUAUAUGAUGGUUGUUUCCUCAGGUAUGAGAGCAACAGUUUCUACGACCAAACCACUCUUCCGGGCAAUGUACAGAUAUGCAGCAAUCGCACCGCAUCUCCGGCAGUUGCAUUCAAUGCGGCGGCGGAAACACUUCUACAGAAUCUUGAGCUUGCAACACCAAGAAUUAGCGGCUACUUUGCGGCGACUAAUACUGAAGUAGGCAAUGGAGGUCCAACGAUUUAUGGUGUGGCGCAAUGUGCUGAAACCAUUUCCCAAAGUGGCUGCCAGGAUUGCCUGACGGUCGCGUAUCGGAACAUAAUCGGCUGUUUACCUAAUGCAGAUGGAAGGGCUAUUGAUGCCGCCUGUUUUAUUAGGUACUCCAAUACGGCAUUUUUUGCCGAAAAUCAGACCAUAAAUAUCACACCAUUUCUCGGAGGAGGAGGAGGUUCAAGCAAGAAAAAUGCUAUAAUUGGGGGUGUAGUUGGAGGUGCAGGUCUUGUUUUGAUUAUAGCUGCUUUGUUUCUCUGGUACCAUUUAUCAAGAAAGCAAAAAGUAGCUGCAAGAGGUAACAUAUUGGGGGCAACAGAAUUGCAAGGCCCCAAUACCUACAAUUACAAGGAUUUGAAAUCUGCAACGAACAAUUUCAGUGAGAAAAACAAAAUAGGAGAAGGAGGUUUUGGCGAUGUAUACAAGGCCACUCUUCAAAAUGGGAAUAUUAUUGCUGUGAAGAAACUGGAUUUAAGUAUCAGCAGAGCAAAGGCAGAUUUUGAGACUGAAGUUAGGCUCAUAAGUAAUGUUCACCAUCGCAAUCUAGUCCGCCUCUUAGGGUGUUGUACCAAAGGAGGACAACUGUUGCUUAUUUACGAAUUCAUGCCAAAUGGGAGCCUUGAUAGAUAUUUAUUCGGUGAUAAACGGGGAACGCUCAAUUGGAAACAAAGAUUUAAUAUAAUCUUUGGCACAGCUAGGGGUCUUGCAUAUUUGCAUGAUCAAUACCAUGUAUGUAUCAUACAUCGAGAUAUAAAACCAAGCAAUAUAUUGCUGGAUAAUGACUUCAUACCCAAAAUUGCUGAUUUUGGAUUGGCAAGACUUCUACCUGAAAAUCAAAGUCAUGUUAGCACUAAAUUUGCUGGAACCUUGGGCUACACAGCACCAGAAUAUGCUAUUCAUGGACAUUUGUCGGAGAAAGUUGACACCUACAGUUUUGGUGUAGUCAUUCUUGAAGUCAUUAGUGGCCGAAGAUGUACUCAGAUGAAUGAUGAAUCUGACACUGAAUAUUUACUCGAAGAGGCAUGGAAACUGCAUGAGGCUGGAAUGGAAGAGAAACUAGUCGAUGAGACAUUAGAUGAAAAUGACUUUAAAGCCAAAGAUGUGAAGAAACUGAUAGAUAUUGCUCUGGCGUGCACACAGUCACCGGCUUCAUCAAGGCCAACCAUGUCCGAAGUUCUUGUCAUGCUUUUAACUGAUAACUCAGUUGAGCAGAAGGCUCCAAGCAGGCCUUCAUUUUUCGAUUCUGGAAAGAGUUUACCAGUAGACAGUUCCAUUUCUACUGGUUCAACACAGUCUAAUGCCACUGCUUCAGUAUCUCACUUCACUGGUCGUUAGCCAACUCGUCCAUUCCAUUGAACACAAGUCACAAAAGCAAAGAGUCCAAUAAACGUAUCUCUGUACAGUUUUAAGACUGAAUGGUUUGUAUUUCUUUUCGUUUUGAAGAACAUGAAGUUUUAUUACCGAAAGUGGGCAUCAAUGAUUGGCUGAGACGGAAAAAAAAUGCAUCUAUCUUUAUUUACUUCUGCAAAAUUUAGUGUC